GUGAUGGUCGAAGUGAUGGAGGAAAAUCAAUUUGGCUUCUUUCAGGAGCUUCUUCCAUCGGCGGAGCGUACGGCUUUGCUCUAUCAUCUCUCUUAUCUCUGUUUGGCCAAGUUCCCCAAGUUGGAGAGGGUUCUCAGAGAGUGUGCUCUUGAAACCCAGAAUCUCUUUGCCUCCUCUGAGGCUCUUCUGCAGAAGUGUGUGGACACAAGUGACCAAAUGGUUUCCUCAAUGUUCCCUCGACUGAAACUCGCUGUUGAAAAUAAUGAAAACAUUCAGGCUACGAUGUCUUUGGAAAAAGCUAAAGAAUGGAUUGCAGAAAUUGUUCACAAAGUGGAAGAGAUGGUAGACAGAUAUGAGAAACACAACCGCAGUGUGGCUUCCUGCACCAGUGAUGUGAUUCUUGAAAAGACUGAGACAGAAAAACAAAAUGCACAAACUUCUAUGGAGAUAGAGGCUCUAGAGAAGGUGGUGAGAGAUCUUCAGAUGGAACUGAGGAAAACCUUAGAGGAAAUCGGACAAAUUGAGUCAAAGAUAAACCGAAGUCAUGGCAGAUUUGCUUGUAGAAGAAUGUUUGGUUUUAGUUUCCUGGCUGCCGUUGUACCAUUUGUUGGACACAUUCUUAAAUCCAUUUUUCAAGCUAAACCUGCACAAAACCAGGCUCUCGCCAAUGAAAAAGCUCAACUCGCUGCUCAGAAGUCAAACCUGAAAAGCAAGGAGCACAAUAUCCAAGUCCGACUGACUGAUGUUCAGCUGAAGUUGGCAAACAAGAAGACGGAAAAGGGUUCAAUACCCGAAACUGUCCGUCUGAGUGAUGUCCAAAAGUACCUUUAUCAAAUCCAACAAACUCUGCUUAAGCAUAAUAUGUUCUGGAAAUCUGUGCUAGUAUUUCUGGAAUCUCUCAAAAACGAGACCUUUUCUAGUGAACACUUCAUUGAGGAGAAUGAACUGAAGGAGAUUGUUCUGAAGCAUAUUGAUUCAGCGCAAGAGAAUUGGAAGGUCUUUGGUGAAUCCUGUCUGACGGCAAAGAGGGCCUUUAGCUUGCAGAAUAAGGAUGCGUAUAAGUUCCUGGAGUUCAACCCAUCUUCAUUGUCACCAGAGGAAUGUAAAAGGCGGUAUGACGUUGUCAAAGCAGAUCUUACCAAAAUAGGUUGGUAAGCCAAUGAUGGCUGCCAUUACUUUGCAGUACAUAGAAGCAUAUCCAACACAUUUAUAAUGUCUUAAUACAAAGCUGCGUUUAAACUGUCACUGGCUAGCGCUGUGGUUGCUAGUGGGCGUUCCCACUAGUUUUCUUGUAAAGGUUA